AUGAUACAAACCCGAGUGGACGAUAGGGACAGUCGAAUACAGUACUCUGGUGGGUGGGGCAAAGCGGGUUCGAAGGUCGAAUAUUUGGGAACAACCACGUCUACUAGUACGAAAGGCGCGCAAUUCACGUUCUCGUUUUACGGAACCUCGAUCAAGGUCUUUGGUACAUUAGCUGGGACCACUGGGUCGUCACGCGCGCCCGUCCUCCCCGAUGCUAUUACCUCGUACACUGUCGAUGGCGGUGAACCCGCUCUCUUCUCCGGGAAGCCUGGCAAUGACGUGCAAUACAAUCAGCAAUUCUUUUCUUCAGGCAAUCUUUCAAUUGGCACCCACACCAUCGUUGGCACCCGUGUCAAUGAUGGCAGUCCGGUGUAUAUCGACUAUCUAGUAGUCGGGGCGCCUACCCCCGAAUCGGUAUCCGGUCCUCCCGUGUCCAUCACUUGGGCACAUUCACAACCCGCGACGCCAACGAGACUGCUAGCCACGGAGUCAUCUUCUCCCACAUCGAUUGCCUCUCCGCAUACAACUCCACCCGUCGCGACUAUCAUUGGCAGCAUAGCUGGAGGAUUCGGCCUGGUUGCCAUCGCGUUCGCCUUAUUUCUGUGGUGCUGUCAUCGGAAGAGAAUGGAGUCGAUACGCCAUCGGCGCUCGUUUUCUCUAUUUUCGCGCGGCUUCUAUACCCCCUCACAGAGUUUAUCAAAAUCCGACAGUAACUCUCUUGUCUCUCUGCCCAGCGAUAUCAUAAUCUACAGAGAAGGUCGCAGGUCACCCCAAUCGCAGCCUGUCUCAUUGACGGCAACCUCGUGGUACGGCGAUAAACUAUAUUAA